AAAAUUCACACACGAGUUUUUACAAUUUUAUUAAUUAAACUAAGAUAUACAGUUUAAAGAGGAUAUCUAAUAGGCUAUUUAGGUUUUUAAACUCAUUUUAUAUUACUAAAAAUGAAUAAGCACAAAAGAAUGGAGAAUAAAAAGCGAAAAACAGCUGCUUUAGUUAAUAUUAUAAAAAUUAAUGAAAAGGAUAAGAAAAUAGUAGAGAAACAAUUGGAAAAUGAAGUUAAAGAAAAGGAUUCGAACGAGGAGCCUUUAUGCAAGAAAAUCAAAACUGAUGAGGUAGUUACUAGCAUUGACAAAUCAAUUUCAGACGAACAGUACAAGAUACUUAAAAGUGAAUUGCAAUUGCGUAAAAAUGCCUUAAAUAAUGUUCCUAAAUUCCGACUUAAAUUCUUUGGUGACAAGGCAAGGUUAUUAAACAGCACUAAAACUCGUCAACCACUAAUGUUUGAGGAUAUCCAAUAUCUUUUGAUGUCUGCACUUUUGGGAAGUAGUUCGCCAUUCAAACCUGAUAGAUGGUGUGUGCUAGAAAAACCGAAUAAAAUUACACAUACAGUCAUUCUUGUGAUUGAAGGAUUAACAUCGUAUAAUUUCAUAGCCAAUGAAAGUUUAUUUGUGAAAACAAAAGGGAUUUUUGAGGACCAACUUGAAGUCAUUCUUCCUAAAAGUCAUAAAUGUAAGCUCAUUGAGGAACUUUCGUAUGUGCCACUUACUCAAUCACACAAAGAACUACUAAUAAAGAAAUUUGGAAGUUUAGAAGCGGCGAUGAAGCUCAACAAGAAUCCAAAUGAUAUGUUUGCCAAAAGUUUAUUUCCAAUCGAUAGCGAUGAAGACACAGAUAUAAUACAAAUUAGAGACGGUGAAACUUUUCCAAGGACAAGACUUUUACUUUCUCCAUUACAAAUGAUGAUUGAAGGAUAUCCAAUGCCAAUAAAAGGAGAAUAUGAAGAAAGAUAUAAAGAUUAUCGCUACACAAAGAAUCAUUACAAGUCAGUGUCUGUCGAUUCUCCAAUGUUUGGUCUUGACUGUGAAAUGUGUCGAACUGUUAAAGCUGAAAAUGAACUUGCGCGUGUGUCAAUUGUUGAUGAGAAUUAUAAGAGCAUUUACGAGACGCUUGUUAAGCCUGAUAACAAAAUCACAAAUUAUUUGACUCAAUGGUCAGGUAUCACAAAAGAAAUGAUGGAUGAUGUCACUAAAACAUUAAAAGAGGUUCAAGACGAAGUUUCAUCAUUACUUCCAUCUGAUGCCAUUCUCGUUGGUCAAUCAUUGAAUUGUGAUUUGAAUGCGAUGAAGCUGAUGCAUCCAUAUGUUAUUGACACAAGUGUAAUCUUUAAUUUGUCUGGUGAUAGAUGUCGAAAAUCGAAACUUCAAUUGUUAGCCAAGCAGUUUCUACAAGAAGACAUUCAGAUUGAUAAAGCAGGUCAUUCGAGUGUUGAAGAUUCAACAGCAUGUUUGAAAUUAACAAAGCUUAAACUGUCUAAAGACAUCUAUUUUGGUGAUCUUGCAUUGCAGACAAAAAAGAGCCUAUAUGAGAGCAAAAAUAUUGUAGAAUCAGGAAUUGCCAAGCAUGAAGAUUCUACAAUUAAUGUAAAAACACCGCUUUUCAGUCAUGCAAUUAAGCGACAAAAGAAAUCUGCGAUAAUUUCGACAGAAAAAUGUAAUGUUGAUUUGAAAAAGUUCUAUUCAAAGAAUCAAUUUAAUGCUUUACCGGACGAGUCAAUAGAUCAUGAUCAUGGAAUUAGACAUCACAAAGAAUCGACGGUUAAAAAGGUUAUUAAAAAGGCACGAGAAAUUGCAAUAGAUAAUGACUUCAAUAUCUGUCAUUUUAAUGUUUUUGAGGAUUUAAUGGAUGAAGACGAUAGUGACAACAGUUAUCACUGUAUUGAGGAUGCUAAUGAUGACGAUAAAGUGGUUCAGCUAAUCCCGAAAAUCGAUAAAUGGAUUGAAAAAGUGUACUCAAAAGUUGCAAGCAGCGGACUAUUUGUAGUGCUUUUUGGAGGUCGUGAGAAUAACUCGAACGGUUUAUCAAUGAUUCACAUCAAGAAUUAAAACUACUAUUCUUCAUUUUUGAUAUAAAUAAACU